ACAUAAAGUAUAUAUGAUUCGUGUAUAUAAAGGCCACAUAUUUAUAGGUUAGAUGUUUACUCAGAGCUCUUAUUUGCCCGGUAUCAGCGAUGGCAGCAGCUAAGAGUUUCCAUAUUUUAGUAGUGUUAAUGACGCUACUAGUAGGAAGCUUGGCGCAAGGAUUUGGUGGGCCAGGCGGUUUCGGUCAAGGGGGUUUCGGUGGUAGACCGGGAGGAUUCGGAGGAUUUGGCGGUAGCCAAGGCGGAUCAGGGGGAAAUCCGAAUGGUUUCGGUGGCGGAGGUUUUGGCGGUAAUUCAGGAUUUGGUGGCCGUCCAGGAGGAUUCGGUGGCGGACAAAGCGGGUUUGGUGGCGGCUCAGGAGCAUUUGGUGGUAGUCCAGGAGGCUUUGGUGGUCUCGGACAAGGUGGGUUUGGAGGCGGCCAAGGUGGAUUUGGAGGCGGCCAAGGUGGAUUUGGAGGCGGCCAAGGUGGAUUUGGAGGCGGCCAAGGUGGAUUUGGAGGCGGGCGACCAAGAGGUUUUUAAAACAUUCCACAGAACAGACUAUAGACUGCAUGGGAGUACAAGAUAUCAUGUAGAUUGCUAUUAAAAAUAUGAAAAACUGUUUUUCGAAGAAUAUUAUUUUGAUCGGAACAGUGUCACC